AUGCCCCAGCAGGUAACCCUGCCCUGGCACUCCGACAUGCAGCUGGCCAGCAAGUUGGUCCUCUCUGCUGCUGCUCUGCUCCUCCUGACCCUGGCAUACAGGUUCUAUAAGUCCCGCUCGCUUGCUGGGGGCCAAAUCCCACCUGGGGAGGUGGGAGAGGAAAGGGAAAGCGCUUCCCGGGAUGGGGAUGGGGUGGUCGGUCUGCGGCGGAGGAGGGGGUGUGGUGAGGAGCUAGGAAGCAAGUCUGGAGGUGAGGCAGAAAGUAAGUUGAGAAGUAAGCCGGGAAGCAAGCUGGGAAGUGAGCUGGCAAGCAAGAGAGGAAACAAGCUGGGAAGUGAGCUGGCAAGCAAGCCAGGAAGUAAGCCAGGAACUGAACUGGGAAGCAAGGAAGGAAGUGAGCUGGGAAGCGAGCCAGGAAGCAAGUUGGGAAGUGAGCUGGCAAGGGAACAAGGAAGUGAACUAGGAAGUGAGUUGGGAAAGGAGCCAGGAAUUAACCUGAAAAGUUAUCUGAGGAGUGAGCUAGGAAGCAAGCCAGGAAGUGAGCUGGGAAAAGAGUCAAGAAGCAAGUUGGGAAGUGAGCUGGCAAGCAAGACAGGAAGCAAGCCAGGAAGUGAGCCAGGAAAAAAGCUAGGAAGAGAGCCAGGAAAUGAGCCAGGAAGCCAGCCAGGAAGGCAGCCAAGCUCUCAUGACUCUGGGGGCACAGCCAAAAGCCCAAGCAUCUUGAGGCAGGAGGCCUCAUUUUCCCCAAGUUCCAAGCUUCCCCCUGGGACUGGUGAUGCCCAGAUCGGGGGUGACAGACACACCCAAAGCACGGAGCAGGAUUUGGCCAUGGGAGGUGUGAGCCAGGAAGCUGAGGGGUGCAGGGAGCUGAUCCAGACCCUCAGCAUCACCUCAGGCUUGGGGCUGACGAUGACGGCGAGCAACGCAGAGUCAGAUGCCUCCUACUCUUUCUCCUCGGUGGCAAAGAUCCAGGUGGAGGAGAACUACAUCACAGAGCGGAGGGUGAAGGCUGGAGCUGGGCAGCCAGUCCCUGGCCUCAGAGGCAAAGUCUAUGACUACUAUGUCCAGUCCAUCUCUCAGUCAGUGUCGAAGAAGAGGUCUUCCCCCUACAUCCCUCCAGGAACAUCCCAGUGCCGCAGCUCAGAGCGGGAAUCACACCCACCUCCUGCCACCCAGGAACCAGACCCAACUCCUGCUGCCCAGGAACCAGAUCCAGCUUCACCACUAGAGGAUUUCACCAUCUCUUCCAUAGCUCCACCACCCACGGGGAGCUUGGAAACCUCCUCUGAACCACCAUCUCCAGGCCGCAAGGUCAGCAUCCUCCAGAUUGCCGACAGCCCCCACCUCCAGCUGCCCAUGGAGGGUUUUGGAGUCACGACAGCAGCCAGCUCCACACCUCCUGCAAGCCCCCAGGCAGGGCCGGUGCGCGACGCUGACUUCUUCCGGCCGUCGCCAGCCGCUCGUUUGGACUUGGGGAACUGCUACGAGGUCCUCUGUGCAGCCAAGGCGCAGAAGCUCGGCGCCCUGCAGGAGGCUGCCUACCAGCUGAUGAGCGACAACUACCUGCAGGUGCUGAAGACGCCUUCCAUCUACGGCCGCCUCAACGCCGGCGAGCGGGAGCUGAUCCUGCGCCUCAGGAUGAAGGGCAAGAGGUGCGUGGCCGUGGCGGACGUCAGCCCGCAGGAGCCCGGCCCCCGAGCCAGCCGCCUCUGCUACUACGACGAGGCAGGGGACAGCUGGCACCACCUCUGCCACCUGCCCCCCGAGGUGGUCUCCCGGGGGUGCGCCGUCUGCAGCAUGUUCAACUACCUCUUCGUGGUGGCCGGCUGCGAGGGCACGGGCCGGGCGCAGAGGCCUUCCAACCGCGUCUUCUGCUACGACCCUUUGACCGACCUCUGGAGGGAGAUCUGCCCCUUGAAUCAAGCCCGGCCCCGCUGCAAGCUGGUGGCGCUGGACGGCCACCUCUACGCCAUCGGGGGGGAGUGCCUCUGCACGGUGGAGCGCUACGACCCCCGGCGGGACCGCUGGAGCUUCGCCGCCCCCCUGCCCCGCGACACCUUCGCCGUGGCCCACGCGGCCGCCGCCUGCCACGGGGAGAUCUACGUCACGGGGGGCACCCUGCGCUCCCUGCUGCUGCGCUACGCCGCCCGUACGGACAGCUGGAGCCUGGGCCCGGCCAGCGGGGGCAAGGAGAGGACGGUCGAGAUGGUGAGCACCGACGGCUUCCUCUACCGCUUCGACCUCCAGCCCGGCACGGGCAUCGGCGUCUACCGCUGCAGCGCCAAGGCCAAGCUGUGGUACCAGUGUGCCACCUACCCCCUGUCCAACCUGGCCGGCUUCCAGUGCGCCGCGCUGGGCGGCUUGGUCCACUGCGUGGGUCGCCACUUCCAUCUGCGCUUCCUGGCUGACCACGUCUCGCCGCGCUUCGGGGCCAAGGAGCUGCAGCCCUUCCCGGCGCCCUGCGGCAGCCUCCUCCCGGCCGUCCUGGUGUUGCCGGAGGGAGGGAGGGCACAGACAGAGGUUUGA